AUGUCCACCGACAAAAAGACCUCCCGUUUCUCCCCCGCCGAAACGACAGUCGUCUUCCUCCUCGGCGGCCCUGGCUCAGGAAAAGGCACGCAGUCCUCCAACCUCGUCCGCGACUAUGGCUUCGUGCACCUCUCCGCAGGCGACCUCCUCCGCGCCGAGCAAAUCCGUCCUGAGUCCGAAUACGGCUCGCUGAUCAAAAACUAUAUCACGGAGGGCAAGAUCGUGCCUAUGGAGAUCACCGUCGCUCUGCUGUCGAACGCAAUGGCCGCGGAGCUAGAAAAUAACAAGGAGAAAUACGCUGCCGCUGGCGCAAAGAAGCCGCGCUUCCUGAUUGACGGCUUCCCGCGCAAGCUCGACCAGGCGGUGUUCUUUGAGGAGACGGUCUGCCCGAGCGAGUUUACGCUUUUCUUGGAUUGUCCGGAGGAGGUUAUGGAGAAGAGGCUUUUGAAGAGGGGGGAGACGAGUGGGAGGGAUGAUGACAAUGCGGAGUCGAUCCGCAAGCGGUUCCGAACGUUUGUGGAGACGAGUAUGCCUGUUGUUACGGAGUUUGAGAAGCAGGAUAAGGUCAUUAGUGUUACGGCGACGGGGACGGUCGAGGAGGUCUAUGAGCGGAUUCAGGCUGGUUUUGAGAAGCGUGGGCUGAAGCCUUCUUCUGCUUAG